AUGGUAGCCGGAGAAGUAGGAGAACCACUUGAGUUUGAAAUCGGAGAGGAAGCCUGGCUAGAUGCCAAAAAUGUGAAGCUAAAGACCCUGAGUCCGAAGCUAACUGAACAACGCCUAGGCCCCUUCAAAGUAAUCAAGAAAAUCUCCAACAGAGCGUACCGCCUAGAACUUCCACCAACAAUGAGAAUCCACAAUGUCUUCUACGUGGGUCUCCUGUCAAAAGUCAAGAGGGACAAAAAGCGCAGCUUUGAGAACCGGCCUCCACCCGUCACCGUGGAUGGAGAGGAAGAAUAUGAGGUCAAAGGAAUCACAGACAUGGAAGAAAGGAACGGGAAGUGGUUUUUUAGGGUAAAAUGGAAAGGCUACGGAUCAGAGGAGAAUACCUGGGAACCAAGGGAAAACCUCAAAAACGCCGAAAAAAUCCUAGAAAAAUUUGAAAAGGAAAUGAAAAAGAAGGCCCUCGGCGCUGCCAAGGCCCUUAGAGGGGGGGCAGUGUCGUAG